AUGCUGAAGAUUAGCGGGCGCUGUGUUAUGCUGAAGAUCAGCAGGCGCCGUGUUAUGGUGAAGAUUAGCGGGUGCCGUGUUAUGCUGAAGAUUAGCGGGCGCCGUGUUAUGCUGAAGAUCAGCAGGCGCCGUGUUAUGGUGAAGAUUAGCGGGGCCCGUGUUAUGCUGAAGAUUACGGGCGCCGUAUUUGAGAAGGAAUCCAGAGUUUUAAUGGCCACCCACAUGAAAGAAACAAACAAGAACAUGACAAAAAAUCUUCUGCAUCGGAUUUCAGAGACCUCUGAGGACCUGAAGAUGAUGGAAGUGACCGACCACUUUGAACUCUUGCAUGAACUUGGAACAGGAUCUUAUGGAAAGGUUUUCAAGGGGAAACACAAAACCUCAGGUGAGAUGAUGAUGGAUGAGAACGAUGAUCAUGUCGGCAUGCAGGAGGACAUGUUGAAGCGUUGUGUUCCUCAGAUAGCCAGUGCUUUGAACUUUAUGCACAACAGCGGAGUGGUCCAUCGGGAUGUCAAGCUGGAUAAUAUUCUUCUGAUGGAUGCAGAAUGUCACUGGAUAAAGCUGGCGGACUUUGGACUCACUCGGAUCCAGGGCACUCUUGUCCCUUCUCUGUCCUGGUGUAUACCCUAUACGGCCCCUGAAUUCUGCUGCUUAAGACAAGGAGAAGAGCUGGUACUGCAACCCAGUGUCGAUGUGUGGGCUUUUGGUGUUCUCAUCUACAUUGCUCUUACUGGAUUCUUCCCUUGGCAAGUGGCACUAGGCCGUGAUCAACAGUAUAAGGAGUUUGCUUGGUGGCAGGUGAAAAAGGAUCUGUCAGAAGCUCCAGGGAAGUGGAAGAAAAUCUCAACUGAAGCCAGAGGGAUGUUUUGGAAAUUGCUGACACUAAAUGCCUCUGAGAGGUGCUCGGCCAUGGACAUUCUGAAUUAUAUUCACCUGCCAUGGAAAGCGGAGGUCCCUUCAGAGCAGAUCAAAAUGAACCCAAGCUUCCUACAAGUAAUAUGCAGACCAUAUGAUGUCCGUGCUGGAGACACAUCAAGCAGCACAUCCUGCAUUCUACUGGAUCAUGAGAUGCCCUCCCUUACUAUAGGAGCUGAGGUAGAGAUCACCUAA